UCUAAUCUGAGCUUCAGCUUAGACUCACAGAAAGUUUUCACCAGAGGUUCAUAGCAUUUUCAGUUUCAUUUUAUACCUAUACUUACAUAUGUUUAGGUAAUUGUGUAUUGUGUUGGUCUGGUGGUUGGUGACUCUUGUUGAUUUCAUUCAGUUGAUAGGGCGUUUUGAAAGAAUUAAAAAAAAAAAAAACUAAAUAAUGUUUUUGUAUCUAGUUACACGAUAGCAAUAAAAUACAUUUUGUAGUUUUCUUGCAGUAGGAAAUGAAAUGUUCUAAUAAUUAUCAUCAGUAAAAUGCUCUAGAUCACAAUUUUGUGUAUGUUAUAAUCAGUAUUUAAUUGAUUCAACAAAAUUCAAGAAUACGUUAUGCCGGAGCAAAGCAAUGAUUAUCGUGUCGUAGUUUUUGGAGCUGGUGGUGUGGGUAAAAGCUCCCUUGUUCUUCGUUUUGUAAAAGGCACUUUUAGAGAAUCCUACAUUCCAACGAUCGAAGAUACGUACAGACAAGUAAUAAGCAGCAACAAAACGAUAUGCACACUACAAAUCACUGACACAACAGGAUCUCACCAAUUUCCAGCAAUGCAAAGAUUAUCCAUUAGCAAGGGUCAUGCUUUUAUAUUGGUUUAUUCUGUCAGUAGUCGACAGUCUUUAGAAGAGUUAAAACCAAUAUGGCAGACGAUAAAAGAAAUAAAGGGCACAGAUUUGCCAAACAUACCAGUGAUGUUGGCAGGUAACAAAUGUGAUGAAAGCCCUGAAAUCAGAGAGGUAUCUGCAGCAGAGGGUCAGGCACAAGCACAAGCGUGGGGUGUCUCAUUCAUGGAAACAUCAGCUAAAACAAACCAUAAUGUGACACAGCUGUUUCAGGAACUUUUAAAUAUGGAGAAAAAUAGAAACGUCUCUCUUCAAGUAGACGGCAAAGGGAAGAAAAAGAAAGAUAAGGUAGUAAAGGACGGUGGCGAAGCGUCAGCCAGCGGGAGGGAGAAAUGUCUUGUUAUGUAAUUACGCUAAUAAAUAGUUGUGUGAGUAUUCGAAUACAUAAGAUAAAAUAAUUUUGAUUCUAGUCAUUAAAUCCAUGUCGCAAAUGAAUGAAAGCACGAUAUAGGAUAAGUAUUGUAAUGCAUUUAAAUUAACGAAAUUGUAGUACCUAAUAUUAUUAUGCCUUUUAAAUAAUAUUGAUUUCCAUUUUAAUGGAGCUUGAAAUUACCAAAUUGCAUAUUUUGCUAUAUAUUAAAAUUAAGUUAUUUACACUAGUUACAUAAUAAAUAAUGACUGACGACGUAAUAGAGAUGAGACAAUUCCGUAUAAUUGUUAGUGUGAAAAUACAACGAAAUAAAGGUCAUUAGGUGACUAAAUGUUAAUAAAUUUUAUGGUAUUAAUAAAUCAACAAUUAUUCAAGUUCAUUUUUUACUAGAUAUUGAUAAACUUUUUAAUUAAUACAAUUCAAUAUUUGACAUGCGUUUAUCAAUAAUGUAUUUAUUAAAGUUGUUAAUAAUAAUUUUUUAUUUACAUUGUAUUUAUAUUUUUUAUGUUAAGAAAUGAAACAGAUAAUGUCAUGGUGGGAAAUAUUAUUUGUGCCAAAUUGUAGAUGUAUGUAUUUCUUGACUUUGGCUCACCAAAUUAUUCUUCAUUUCAUUAUCAACAGGUUUCAAUUCAUUUACACAGGUUCCAUUGGAUUUUUAUACAUAACCCAUUCAGAUAGGGGUGCUGUGGGUCUGUCAGGAAUUUUAUACAGUUGCAUGUCUAUUUAAUUAUCUACAAAUUGUCGAAUCUACAGCUUGUUUGUUAUAUAAUGAAGAAAAUUUCGUCACAUUCAAUCCAAAUGAUCACAAAUAACAAAAUUUAGGAAUCAUGGUUUUCAGUUUUUGUAUGAAUUAUAUGUAUAACAGUUUUGACCUUUCUAUGAUUGUAUUAUAUUAUGCACAGAAAAUUAUAGCAAAUUACAAAUACAAAAGCUACUACACAAUAUAAGUUCUCACUAACAUUAAUUCAUAAAUAAAAAACAAAAUUAAAAUAAUUGAAUAUUAAAUAGAAUAAAAAAAAAUUAUCUCGACACAAGAGUAAUUUAUCAAAUUAGCGAAAAGUGAAGAAAUUAAUUAUAACUUUUAGUUGUGGUGUACCUUUUAUGAAUAGUAGCGUGUAAAUAUCAUUCAUUAUAUCAUCUUGCAUUCUACCAUCUUUGUUAAUCGUGACAUAAAUAGUAUGGGACCAAAGUGGAAAUAAAACCUGUCGAUUGCAAAAAAAAAAAACCCUCAAAAUAGAUGCAGAAUAGACGAAAAUAUAGCCUAAUAUACAUAUAUAAAAACAUAAUGGAAUUGUGAACUCAUUUUGAAGUAGUUAAAAAAAUUGCCGAUGAAUAUUUACAUAGGUACUUAAUAAUAAAUAAAUACCCAACGAACAUGCUACACAGCGCUAUCUAGUCCCAAACUAAGUAAGCUUAUAUUGUGGUUAGGCAAUUUGAUAGACAUACACAUUUUUUUUUUAAAUAAAGCACUCAGUCAUAUUCCUUCUUAAAAGGUCGAAAACACUAGCAAUUUCUCCGAUGUUGCGGGUGUGGCUAUAGGUGGCGGCAAUCAUUUUUUUUACAACUCAGGGGCAAACGAGCAUGCGGCUCACCUGAUGGUAAGUGACUAACGCCGCCCAUGAUCACCCACAACACCAACGGUAUUGCAGGUGUGCUGCCGGCCUUUUAAAAAGAAAUAUGCUCUUUUCUUGAAAGUUAUGUUGUAUUACUACAUUUAAGAUCAAGUAAGUCACUCGUGCUGGUUUGUCCCCUAUGUUAUAAAAAAGACCAAUAUAAAUAUUCUUAUGAAUGAAAACAUAUAGGUAUAUUAUAUUGGAAUCGAAUUAGCGAGUAUCAGAAGGCAACCUGUUUUAUCGCUAUACCACAAGGUCGUCAUUUCAUAUUAUUGUGAUAACUUCGACUUAGAAAGUGAAAUAAGCCUUAUUUCAUUAAAGUGUUCAGAUCACACUUAGAUUAAAUGUAAACAAAAUAUAUCUUACGAUGACAUUAUCAUUUUUUGGUUACGAUUUUUAAACAUGCAUUAACUAUUGCAUUGGAACGUCGUAAACAUUGUAAAUUAACUCUAGUCAUUAUUAUAAAGUAGCGGUCGCUAGUUAAAAAUGCACUUUAUUUAAUUAAUAUCAUUCACGACAUAUCCAAUUAGAUUUGUCCAUAUAAUAUAAAGUUUUAUCUAGUCAAUAACCAUUACUGCGUAUGUAUCUCAUAGUGAGGUAAUGUUAAUAAUUCGAGUUACGGCGCCACUUAGUUCGUAUUAAUAAGAAAUACAUAGUUUGAGAAAUUAAUGUAUUGUUAAUAUUGUUUCUAUUGUAUUUGUCUGCACAAACCCAUAGAGGGUUUUGCAGUCAGAAAAAAUUUUAAUCGAAUCAAAUGGCCUUAGUUUUUUCUUGGUCAUAUUCUGGGUAUUAAUUUUCUGGUAUUGCACAUUAGUACCUAAUACAUAUUACAAUAAUGUUUAUUUUGUAGUGUAAUUUGUAUUGACUUAUUUGCUUGUUGGUUAAAGUUGUAAUUAUAAUAAAAAUUGUUAAACACUAAACUGUUAUAGCUGGACCAAAGUUGUUUGAUGUUGAAUGAUGUAAGUUUACUAUGUAGUUUAUAUUUUAUUUCGUGCCUGUUAUUAUACUUUUCUCACUUGUGUUAAUUUUCAUCUUUACCAUUUCAAAUCCUAUUUAUUGAUAAAUCUAUGUACUCUAUACAUGGUUUUUUAGAGAAACUACCACAAUCUGCUAAGGUAUAAAAUAUAACUAUAAAUAUACAAUAUACUUAAAUAUAAAUGUGUGAGAAAAAAGUAUUUCUAUAAUAAGAACUAGGAGUUUAUCAUUUUGUUAAGUUUGCUCAUGUGCCCGGUAGUGGAAUGUUCGAAAUUGUCAUUAAGUAAUUUCUGAUAAUGAUUUUGAAUAAUUAAUAUUUGUUCUUACUAUGUUGUUGAUAUAAUUUAGUUAUAUGCACUAAACUUGUAUUAUUCGAAGGCGCUGAACCACCAGAGUAAUGUAGUGAUUUCUCUUAAAGCCUAUCAACUCAAGGCCCACCGAUAUUACUCAUUUAUAACAACAUCGGAAAUUCCUAUUAACAAAAUUAUAGUACUAAACUGCAUUUUUUAAAGAAAUAAUAAUUGUUUAAUCACAUCUUAUCAAGUACGAUUAAAAAAUUAUAUAGCAAUUUCGUUAUAAUCGAAUAUUAGGGGGCCUUAUUAUUUUGAAUUUGUCAAAACUGUUUCUAAAAUGUUUCAAAACCUUGAUCUGUAACAAAAUUAGAAUGGCGUAUCGCUAUAAUCAUUAUAACUAUCUUUUAAGAUGGUGCCCAUUAUAUUACAUGGCAAUAAUAUAGUAGAUAAUAGUUUUCAUCUUAGCAUUGAAAUGUUAUAGUUAUCUUGAUAACUAAAUAAUCAUAGAAACAUUAAUUACAUAGAAUAAAAAUAUCGCUGUCUGUUAAUUUUAUACAAUCAAACAUAAAAAUUUGUUGUCGUAAGUACAUAAACAUAAUAUUUCUAUAAGAUUUUAAGGAAAAAUGUAUUAUUUUGACCGUAGCCAAUUGAUUUUUUAUACUUACCACAAAUCGUUUUUCGGAACAUUCGUAUUGUUUAAAAAUCACUUAAGAGAUACCCUCAUGUUCUGAUUUGUUAAAUUUUGUCUUAAUAAUAAUAAUUAUUUAUACAGAGCGUAUCAGAAUAAACAAAAAUCAUUGUUUGGUAUGAUCAUAUGAGUUAUAAAUGUAUCUAUUAUUGAUUUUAGUACCUUCAUUCUGCUUACAAUGUUAGUGUAAAGAAAAAUAAUGUUAAAAAAAAAUCAGGAUCUUUUAGAGUCAUUUGAAUAAUUUGUUACUAUGUAAAAUAAAUAAUGCCUAUAUAAAUUUCGUGUUGAUUUAUGUAAUUAAUGAGGUUUAAUUACUUCUCAAAACUUUAAAAUAAUGUAAUAAAAUAAUUUACUUUAGAUCUGUCAUUAAUGUACUAAAAAUAUUUCAUAUAAAGUUAUUUCUUGUCAAUCCCUUAAGCAAGACUAAAUAAUUCACACCCAUGUAGACUAAUUAGUUAUGCUAAUAUGUCAUGCAAUCCUAUUUGUAAUCAAUAGUAAAGUAGUAUAAAAGCAGCUUCUCAAACUAUUGACUGGAAGCUAUGUUCAAAAUGAGCAAGUGUGUAGGCUGUUAUUCCUAACAGUCACUCAAACAAUAGUUCUAAUUGUUUUAUUACAACGGUUUUUGUAAUGCGCUUGCAGAUAUUGUUAACCAAUACUAGCAGUGCAGAAUGUAUCUUUCUACUACAAAGUUAAAUUAAAAUUACAAAUUGCUUUAUCAUACACAGCUCGAUCAUAUUUUGUAUAAAAUAGGUAUCUAUUGCUUAGAAUUUCAAUUGAAUGUCUUCAAUUAUUACGAUUAUAUUUCUGAAACAAUCUUGUGACACUUCUAAGGCAUCACAAAAUUAAAAGAAUUAAAGUACUGU